GAAGACGAACCAGACCAAUCUGAUAUAGACGAACAAGAUGUCGUAGAGGUUUACGAAGAUGACGGAGAUCAGAUGAUGGAUGAAGAAGAGGAUAAUGAGGGUUAUGAUGGAGAGAUAAUCAUUGGUGCUCCGCCAGAGGAAAUGGAAGAAGGAAUGGAUGUGGAGAGGGAAGAUAAUAGUUGGGGUGUUACUUCACUUCACGCAUCAGGUCAAUCAGUCUUUACCAUCUCUGUCCAUCCUCUAUUCCCCUCUCCUCCACUUGCAAUAUCAGGAGGGGAAGAUGACUUGGGUUAUAUCUUCUGUCCCCUUCCUCCAUCCUCGACGACGGAUAUCAAUAGUGAAACAUUCCCUCCUAUCAAAUUGACGGGUCAUACGGAUUCUGUGGUAGCAGUGGGAUGGAGUCAUGAUGGAGAAAUGGUAGCUACUGGUGGUAUGGAUGGAAGGGUCAGGGUAUGGAGAAGGGUCGGGAAAGAUGGUUGGAAGAUUUGGGAAUUUUUAACUAGUUUAGAGACGGGGAGUGAAGUUGUGUGGCUUCAGUGGCAUCCAAAAGGUCCUGUCUUGGCUGUUGGCUGUGAAGAUGCCCAAGUUUGGAUGUUCAAUCUACCCUCCGGCCAAACAAUGGCAGUUCUCUCCUCUCACACAUUAUCCAGCACAGCAGGUCUUUUCCCAAACCCGGCUAAAUCCCUCCUCACAUCCUCCCUCGACUCUUCACUCAUCCUCUGGGACCCUCGUUCACCUACACCAAUAUGGAAGACUUCCAUAUUUGUUCCUCCCAACUCGCCCGAACUGGAUCCAGCAAUACACGGCAUUACGUCUCUCGCUGUUAGUCCGAACGGUCAAAUAGCUGCUGUGGGUGGUGCAGCCGGCGGAGUCAGAUUAGUCAACCUCGCCAAAGGCAACGUGCUGAACACCCUUGUGGGACAUGCGGAAGGAGAAAGCGUGGAAGCGUUGCAGUUUAUCGAUCUUUUCCAGGGUGCCGGUGGAGGGAAGGGGGUGGUUUUGAUUAGUGGAGGAACUGAUGGAAAGGGGUUCGUUUGGGAUGUAAAUACGGGAAGAGUUCGAGCGGAGAUCCAACAUGAAGAACCUAUCACUUCCCUCGCUCCCCAUCCUCCACCCAAAGUACACCUCAUCACCUCCGCUUCGGCAGACUCGACUCUCAAAACAUGGGAUGUCCGAACCGGUGUCCUCGUGGCUGAACACAAGGGACAUGCGGGUGUGGUGAAUGGUGUAUGCGUUGCCCCUGCCCCUGUCCCUGCUCCUUCUUCAGAUUCACCAGACGAGUCGGUUGAUAGUCAAGUAGUGGUCAGUGCGGGGGACGAUGGGGUAUCGUUGAUCUGGCGAAUAUGAUGAAUCUGUAGCAUACA